GUCAACGAGCGGACCCUACUCCUUACAGUCCCCCCCUGCGUGCACGCACAACCCACUUUACAUCACCAUCAAAAGUCACCCUUCCACAUGUCAGUCUACCAACUGAGCCAAUCGCCCCUAAGAUAUGCUUAUUAUCACCGUCCUCUCUCUUGGGCUUUUUCCGGGAUCGGUUACUCUUGCGCUUUCUGGCAGAGCCGGGAUUUUUGGCCCGGGGCGGCCAGUUUCGCCUCGGUUUGGGGGCUUGGUAUUCAAGGGUGAGGGUAAACCGCGAUUUGUCUGCCCAAACUUACGCAAUGUAGCCGGAGGGCAAAUUCGCCGAGGCGCCUUGAAAAUGAAUUCGAGCCACCACCCUCGACACGCUCCCGAGAUGCCCCCGAGAUGCCCCAAGCCGUCGCCUUCGAGAUCUUUGAGAGAAGAUGGCGUCGAGAUCCUUCGAGCCAUCGUCUUGACAAGGCCGACAGGACUGACAGUCCUCAGCCGAUACUUCGAGCCUGAGAGGGACACCUUAUCUCAGAAGCGUUGCCAUACAUGUGGCUGAAUCAGCCGACAUAUACGGGCCCUGGUAACGAAAGUAGAUUCCCUCGGCCCCAGAUCGAUAAGACGCGCGGAAAUAUAUUUUAUUCUAACC